CCGCAUUCGACGUUGAUAACUCCACCAGUGCGAUUUUGGUGCGCGCCGCGAGUAUUCGAGCGUUCUCCAACAAACGUUUUCAAAUGAGAGUUCUCUGACGCAACAGAUAAUAACGAAAGAGUACACAAUUGCAAUGGAAAAAAUGGAGCAACCACCAAGUUACACGUCACCAUAUCCUAGCCUGCAGCCACAACCGCAGCCAACGCCGCUACCACAACAUACGGUACAUACAAUCGUAACAGGGACGGCCUUCAGCAAUGAAAGUCAACGUAUGACCUGUCCACAUUGCCAUGCUGACAUAAGUACGCGCGUAAUAUCGGAAGCGAACACGAAGACACAUCUAAUUGCGUUAGUCCUCUGUUUAUUCGGAUGCUGUUGUUGUGCACCGUGUCCUUAUUGCAUGGAUUCUUGUCUAGUCCACAAGCAUUACUGUCCAGCGUGCAAUACUUUCCUUGGAGAAUCCAAAAAUUAA